AUGGAGCGUCGAAAAAACUCUUCCAACAUCGUUAUCGCUUCCGAUCGAAUGAAGCAAGAGCCGAAUAGUACACCGGAACUGGACGAUGGAUCCAAGCAAUCCAAGCAGCGAAAAGAAUCCCAAGAAAAAGAUGCGUUGAACGAUGUCCCAAAACGCAAACCGCGCGAGUACCGCUGUACGAUUCAACAUUCCUUGCUGGGACCAACGAUACAAAAGUGGACGGGUAAAAAUCAGAACAUGAUCCAUCGAUACACUCAUCAUGCGCUACUGCAAGUUCCGCUCCAACCAAAUGUGCUGUCGAAAGAAACGAUUUUCGGACACUUCGAGCCAGAGAAACGGUGGCACGUUGGUCUGCCAACACCGCUCUACAUCGUCCCCGAAACGGACGGACCGACGGUGCCUGAUUUGAUGGUACGAUUUCUGCAUCAGAAGAACACGUACAGUCGGAAGCUACGGAGCACCCGUAUCGCGUUCCAGCACAUCAAAUCGAAACGGGCCGUUAAGCAUCGUGUGGGAUCGUUGAACGACUCCGGUGGUAUGCAGAAUAGUGCAGCCCUCGUGUACGCCGCUCUGCUCGACCGUGACCCUGAUCCCUACCUGCAUCCGGAAGCUAACUAUGAUUACCAUUUCACCGGUGGCAGUUGUGCUACGCUGAACACGUUCGAUGGCAAAUCGAGAACGACGGUGACUACAGUCUUCAAAGCAAUCGGUGAGAGUUUGGCAGAGGUGGAGGUAAUGCAGAUUCGAUGCCACAAAGAAGAGCUCGCUGUCCGCCGGGUGCAGAUCUGUAACACAAAUAUCGCUGGCCCCAUUCUGGAGAUACUCACCAUCGGUGACCAUCCCGCGGGAUGCUUCGUUCUCGUUCGGAAACGCAACACGAUUGUGAUCCUUCGGGAGCAACUUGUUGAAAAUAAGCUAGAACCGAUCAGCCGUUGGGUUCCGUUUGCAACCAUCGUCUCUGUUGUGCCAUUUGCGAGCGUGUGUACCAUAAAUCCAACGGCACACAAAAACCGGCAAAUGCUUACCCUCUGCACAACCGAUUACCAAAGAGUGCUGCGAUUAUGGACAAUUGAAUGCAGCAAACACAACCAAACUGGUAAUGUACAAUUUGUCAAACAACUCCAAUUACCUGCGAAACACAGCUCUGACGGUUGGUCUACGGUACGCUGCGUAGACGGUGGUUCGAUCUUAGCUUGCCUGGAUCGCGAUAUGGUUUAUCUCUACCGUGUCAAAUCAGAGGAUGCUUCGCCGGAGCUGGUAUACUGUGGCGGUCAGGAUUUCUCCCAAUGGACUUACGUUUGCGAGAGCCACUGUGCGCUGGAUGUGGCCCCGGAUGAAGGGUUGAUUUUUAUAGCCACUUGCCACCAUCUGUUCGUCGUACGGCUUGCCUCUCACGAAGGUGCACAAUCGGGGUCAGAUUCUGGCGAUGAUGCUAAACCGUCGCUUAAGGUGGUCAUUGUUUUUGCACACAACCUCCGACAGCGGCCGGUGUUUAUGCACUUUCUACCGUACAGUUUCGAGGAGGAAGCAGCCACCGGAAAAGAGGAACAAUGUUUUCUCCUCCUAGCUAGCCACCUGGCGAUGGAUUAUUGUAUCUGCCCGAUUAACCGACAAAGUACGGGCGAUGAUGAACGAUCACCCUGUAACAUGGUGGCCCGUCAGUAUCCCUAUCGUCCACGUACAUUUUUCGAUUCGUACAAACUGGCUCAACGGCAGGGGCACUGCUUGAGCGCCCAGGAACCACUGAAACGUCGCUUUUUUGCCUGCCAUUCCGGCGCAUGUUUGGUUUCGUUCGACCACUGUCUGUACGUGAUUUUGCAGAACUCUUGCGGUGAUCUUCUGCAGCAAAAAAUGUCGGCAAACACAAGCGAAUGCCACCGAGAGGACGCGACGGUGCCGGAAGUGAUCCGACGAUGGCACGAGCAGCUAAUCGAAGAACAGACCCCACAUUACGAAAGUGGUCACGCACCGUACAAGGCGACUGAUUUUAGACCGUUGAAAAGGUUUCGUGAUAUAUUCAACUAUCCCGGUAGGCUCAGCAGCGAUCUUGUGGAGCAAAUAUUUCCCAAGAAGAUUGUAAAGAAAGAGGGCGCAAAAUCGAUUGAACCGAUGGAAGAGGCAGGUUCCGCUUCGUCCGUUGCAUCCGAUAGCGACUACAGUGAUUUUGAGGAUGAAGUCACACCGCGAAGCAACCAGAAACCGUUACCAUGGCAGCAAACGAUCGAACAAAUUCAACAGUACAAAGAUGUGCUAGUUUCCCCGCUGUUGGAUGUUUGGGGAUACGGCACUGAGCAGGCAGCCGAAUCGCAUCACACAAUUCCGACCACAUUACCUCCGUACAAUAACGUUAACGAGCGCGUCGAUAGUUGGAUCAAUACCGUUAGCAACGCACGACGUCCAUCGACGGAAAGCAACACCUCUGACACCUUCAACGAUACCAGCAACUUCGAUAUUGAAAGCAAACUGUUCACGUUCACCAUGGCCACUCAGAUGUUGCAAGACAACGAUCGGCAUGGCAGCCACACGGAACUCGCCGAAGGUGUCGAAUGCAAGGAAAGCCAGCAUCCGUUCGUCAGCAGCAUACCGCUAGAGGAAGCACCACGAACAACUGAAACGCGCCCAAAGAAGAAAACGUACGUGAAAGGAUUCUAA